AGAUCAUGGUAGAAGGGUACAAAAAGUGGCUCUUGGUCAACCUGUUGCGAAACGGAAAGUUGACCGCACAUCCUGAUGUUGUCUCCUCACAUGUUAUCAGAGCAUAUCAGUCCUUGGUGAAGCCAUAUACCUCACUGGCCGAUGCAUUCGUGAAGGGUGAUUAUCAAAGGUUAAACGCUGAAGCUGAAGCUGCACAGUCCAUUUGGCGCCUAGACAAUAACACCGGCCUUGUCCACCAAGUAAUCAAGGCAUUCAAUAAAUGCAUGACCCUGAAAUUAGGGAGAACGUUUUCUGCCCUUACGAUGGCAGAUGUAACACAGCAGGCAUCCGAUUGCUCAUCCCCGCUCCGUGAAGUUGAGUCAUUUGUGGCAUCACUGGUAAUGUCAGGGGCUUUCAAUGCUGUCUUGCUACAAUCACAUAACUCUAACAACACUACAAUGCUUCGAUUUUCCAAUCCAAUAAAGUCCCUCUAUUCGCGGGAACUAUGUGCACGGGGGAAGAUAGUGAAAGAGGGCCGUCAAUUGGCUUGUAUUGUGCAAAAUAUUUAUCAAUCCAACCAUGGGCUGGAGCUGAGUGAUGAGAAUUUUCUGUUUUCGCAGAAGAGCCUCAGGUGGUCUGACAAUUCUGGGAAGAGCCCACUUGACGAGGCAGCCGGUGGGGUUGACAUUGAAGAAGAUAUUAUGGGUGAUAUCCAUUGAAAUACUAAAACAACGAAUGAUGUGCUUCACACUUUUUACUUGGCCUAUUUUAAGGGUACCUACGGAAUUGCCCCUCCAGUA